AUGAAGACCCCCGGCCUAGGGGCCGCGCAUAAACUCCCUCUCUCUGAAGAAGCCUCCGACCUAGCGAUAGGCGAGACUCUCCAGCGCGUAGUAUCAUUCGACCUUAAAGAAGAGGGGAAUCAUGUGCUCGCCGUAACGGUGAGCUACUACGAGGCGAGUGAGACGAGCGGUCGGACCAGGACUUUCAGGAAGUUGUACCAGUUCAUAUGCAAGGCAAGUCUGAUUGUACGUACGAAAGUAGGCUUAUUGGGGGAACGGGGCGGCAGGAAGAAGUGGGUGUUGGAGGCACAGCUCGAGAAUUGCAGCGAGGACGUGAUGCAGCUGGAGAAGGUGGGCAUGGACGUAGAAGACGGGUUGACGUGCGAAGGGUGUAACUGGGGGAGGGGGGAGAAGCCGGUCCUGCACCCGGGGGAGGUGGAACAGGUGUGUUUUGUGGUGGAGGAGAGGGAGGUUGGUGGUGCAGAUGGCGAUGUGGAGGGGAGGAUUGUUUUUGGUGUUUUGGGGAUUGGGUGGAGGGGGGAGAUGGGGAAUAGGGGGUUUUUGUCGACGGGGAAGUUGGGCACGAGGAUUGGGUGA